CGGGCCGGCCCCGCGUUGCCAUGGGGACACGCGCUGGGCCCGGCCGUGGAGGCCGCAAGCGGAGCCGCCGCCGCCCCCCCGGCUCAGUGCCCCGUAGAGCGGCGCUAUGGGGAAGAAGGGGGAGCGGGGGGCCAAGGAGAAAGGGGCUGGCCUGAGCCUUGAGGAGGAAGGAAAGAACGCGGCUAAAAGGAGUGACCCACAUGGCGAAGAGGAGUAUCAGUGCACAGGCAUCCUGGAGCAGGAUUUCAAUGAGCUGUGCUCCCGCGCCGGACUCACCAAAAUCCCCAAGGUCACAGUUAGGCUGCAGUCUGCCUCUAACCUCUUCCCGCCAGAGGAAAGCGACAUGCCGGCCGAGAAGGAGGUCCCAGCCAGCCUCACCCAGAUCCAGAGCAAGUACGCCUACUUCCGGCCCUGCAUCCAGACCGAGCUGGAGCAUGACGACCCCAAGAGCGUCCGUGAGAUCUUCCUGCGAGGUUGGAAAAUUGAAGAGAAAAUGCUGGGUGUUUUCAGCAAGUGCCUGCCCGCCCUGGCCAACCUGCAGGCUGUUCACCUCUGGAAGGUCGGCCUGACGGAUCUCUCGCUCCUCUCUCUGAUCGCUAUCCUACCCAACUGCCCCGCCCUCAAGACACUAAUGCUGGAGGGGAACCCGUUGGCCGAGGGGUCCUUCUACAGGCUGAUUGGAGAGGAGAGCACGCUGGCUCACGUGUCGCUGAGAAACAACAACAUCGGUGACGACGACGCCAAGCUGAUCGGCCAAGCCCUCUCCACGCUGAAGUCCUCCAACAAGAGCUUGGUCUCGCUGACCCUCAGCUUCAACAACAUCUCGGACCUGGGGGCAGGCUACAUCGCGGAGGUCUGUGUCCUGCCGCCGCCGCCUCCCGGGCCGGACCAGGGCUUGCGGUUGAAUCGCUCUCUGCUGUGCCUGUCUCUGGCACACAAUCAGAUCGGAGACCAGGGAGCCCACAAGCUCGCAGAGGUUCUGGGACCUUUCGCUUUAACUCACACCGAAGUCGUGGAAAGGAGGCGACUUUUGCUGGAGAAGGAAUCCCAGGAGCGGUCCCGGUCGCCUCUGAGACAUGCAGAUGCCAAAAGCAGCGAGCGUCCCUCCAGCCUCAUCAGCAACACCACCAUCGACAAGCUGCAGGUGGCCAAGCAGAUUAAGAGCGGGUCCAAGAAAAAGGAGCCUUCGAAGAAAGAGGACAAAGCUCAGGCCAGCACUGCAGGCGGCGGGGGGGUCGCGGGCGGCCCAGCCAUUGCGCCCGCGAAGAAGGAGGAUGCUAAACAAGCCAAGAAAAUGGUUUCCACCCCGGAGCAAAAAGCUGUUCGAGGCAAAGGAACCAAGUCGGGCGCCAAGGAGAAGCGCAGCCUGCCGCCGGAGCUGGAGGUGAGGGAGCCCUGGCCAGCUCCGCGUUCCCGGCUCCCAGGGCACUGGGAGCCCACCGAGAUCGUGAACCCGCUGCUGGAACAGGCCGAGCACCGCGACGGGAAGGUCUUCCUGCCAGGCAACCGCGUGCUCAUCAACUUAAACCUCAGCUGGAACCAGCUCACCGAGCAGGGCCUGAAAGCGUUCCUGGCAGCCAUGGAGAGUCAGCAGCAGGCCAGCAAGGCCACGGCUGGGGUCAAGUGGCAGAUGGGCCUGCUGCGGCUGUCUCUGGGGAAAAACCGCUUCCCCGCUGACAGCAAGACCUUUGCCAAGCUCCAGGAGCUGAUGGUGCCGCGCGACCCCACCUCCAGGCAGCUGCCCAAGGCGCCGGACGAGGAGCUGGCUGCGCCCAGCUAGGGGCUGGAGGGGCGAAAGCAGCCGCUCACUGGAGAGCAGAGGAGUCCCGCGGGCCUGGAGAGCACCAGGGCAGCCCCUUGUGUGGGAUUUCUGGCCCGGCCCGGCCUGUACCGUUCCCACCUGCCAUUAAACAGCUUUGACACAACCUGCUCUGGGGGGGAGCAUUAACUUUAAGGGGCGGGGGGCUGGAGCCCUGUACACCCACUGGAAUUCAGGGCCCUUCCUCGCACGGGAGGGCUCCAUCCACGCGGGGGCUGGGGCAGUGGGGAGGAAGCUCUGAGGAAAGGGGUCUCCUGGGUCGGAGGCAGUGACCCCAUAACUGCACGGUCCCGAGAGCACUGAGCCCUCCUCCCCGCCAGGCCACUCCCACGUUCCCAGUCCGGAGCCCUGCGGGCCGGGGAGAGGGAUGAGGGCCCGGUGCAGUGCCCACGUCGGGGGAGCCGGGACGGGCUCGUCCUCACUUGCCCAGCUACAGCUCCGCAUAGACACUGUCCAGUGACUCCACCUCCCCGAGAGGCGCUGGCUGCAGGGGCCUGAGCUCAGCCGCCCCAAGUCGCUCCGGGCUGGGGAUUUUUCACCCCCGAAGCGAUGGAGCCGGGCCAAUCGAGUCGUGUCGACCAGCCCUGAGACAUCCCCGCCGAGGGACUGGGCGAGCUGGGGGUGCAGGGCCGAUUCCACUCCCAGCAGCAGCAUUGGGCAGGGCAAGGCAGGGCAGGGGGGUUUCUCUUCCCCCAGGCCCCCGUUCUCUGCUCCAGCCAUGACACUGCUCCCUGGCAGCACAGGGAGAACGGCUCCCGGCUCUGGCCAGACACCCCUCUGGCUGGCAGGACUAACGGCCCAGCGAAGAGGAGGGCUGGGAACAAAUGACCCCGUCUCCCAUGCUGCAGGGGGGAAGCAGGCCCCCCGGUGAAGGAUCACACGCACGCCAGCCAGGGAAGAAUAUUUCACUUUUCUUUAAAAAAAAAAAAAAAAAUCUUUACCAGUAAAGGGAAGAAAAUAAAACCGAUUAUACAUCAUGGAACAGCAAACAGUCAGUCCUCUAGCUAGUGUGUGUGUGGGAUCGGGCCAGGGGCUGAUGAGCGGGGGCAGGCCCAGGGCCUGGCCUCUGGCAACGCCGCAGCAGCCUGCGAGUAGACAAAAGCUGAUUGCGAAGUGGGGUCUUACCCUGAGCCCUCCCAGCUCCUCCCUCCAGCCACAGCAGCUGAUCGGUGCUGCGCUGAGCUCACCGUUAGGGGCGAUCGUAUCCGAUGGGCUGGGCUCUCCCGGCCCCAGGCAGCGCAGCAGAGACAAUCCCCACGCAGCCUCCGACCCCUCCAGCCGGCUGAUUGUCUCCAAGCAGCGCUGGGAUUUUGCCACGGCAGACCCGGGCGUGGGGUGUCCUGUUUUCCCAGCCCGCUGCCCGCCCUGGGAUCCAGCCAUUCCAGUGGAGCAAUGUGCGUUUUCCAGACAGCCCCUACCGAAAAGCCUCUGCCUGAAGGAGGGGGCAGCGCAUCUGCUGGAGGGAGACAGGCCGGCUAAUGCCAACAGCGUGUGCUCUGGCGUCACAGGGCUGGGGAGACAGC